UAUAUCCUCUGGUCGUUGUUUUUCUAUGUUUCAGGAGCUACACCCUCCAUUUGACAUUCAAGAAUAUGGAGAAAGGAUUAUUAACAAACUGACUGUUGAAGAGAGUGGAAACGUGGAGACCUUUACCGAUCUCAUGAAAGGUCAAGAAAAGCACGAUGUAGCUCGGGCUUUCUCUGCGCUUCUCCAGUUGGUGAACAAUGGAGACGUUGAUCUGGAAAAACCUGGGAACUCCACAAACGAACAAAUGUGUUAUACAGCAGUUAAACCUUUCAGUGUUCGGUUGCUCAAGAAUCAUAACAGAGAGAAUGGGAAAAGAGCAAUGAAUUUACCCCGGAAACGAGCUAAGUCUCCAAUAACCAAAGGCAAAUCUCACGAUUCACCACCACCAAAGAAGCAAAACACAUGUUCUGUCUCAAGCCAGACGACACGGAAAGUCUCGCUAAAGAUCUCAAAGAUCAACACUGUCGGCACAAGAUGCACACCAAACAGUAAGAAGAGACGGAAAGGUCGAUCUGAAGAUGUAGCAGCUGAGGUAACGGAAGUUUCUUCAGUGGAAAAGUCUUUGGGGAAAUAAUUAGAUUGUGUAGUUAGGUAUGGGAUUUAACUCUGUAACUGUUCGUUUGUGUAAGUUAUAAUGAAGGCAUUGCCAGAAGUAGCAUAUGUUGUAAUCACUAUGAAAAUUCCACUUUCGAGGGUCUGUCUUUUAACAUAUUAGAAAGAGAGAGAGUGCUUGUGGAAAUUUUGGUAAAUUCGGAUGUUUAAGAUUUGUUCAUAAGAGUGAAUCUUUAAAAGAUAA